AAUUAACGCAUUUAAUUCAUUAAUUAAUUAAGGCAGAUUUCUGAGAAUUAAUAGGAAUCGUCCUCCAUGAAUUAGCAGAGCAGAGCAUCCCUGAAUCCUCUACGAUAAUCACCGAUAUCCAUACAACCUAGAAACUCGACUAAACCCCGUACGAGUAAGAUUUAAAAUCGGAAGCCGGCCGUCGGACAAUCGUACUUGGGACAGCAACCUCUUCUCCUGCCUCGGAAACCUAAAACCCAGUUUCAGGUUUUUCCUGUGUCUGCAAGUCAGCAACUGCACUUUCUGAUUUCCUUUUAAGGUUUCCGGUAAAUGGGUUCGGCAGCCUCUUCAGUUGCAGUCAACUUCUCUGCCUCUCUUUUACUUUGUUGAAGCAAAUCCAGAGGUUGUACUCAAAUAAUGGAUCCUCGGAAGUGUACUUUGUCUGGUGGUGCAACUUCUCUUGCUAUGGCACCUCCAAGCAUUUUGAAUAGGUUAAAUGAGAAGGCUCAGUUUGAGAAAGAAGAGAGGGAUGCAGGUCAUGUUGUCGAGGCUGGAGUCGAUAUAGACAUUAGAGAGGUUUAUUUUUUGAUUAUGCAUUUUCUGUCUCUUGGGCCAUGCCAGAGGACUUUCGAACAGUUUGGGAAUGAUCUUCUGGAACAUCAGCUUCUACCUAGAAGGUUUCAUGCUUGGUUUUCAAGGAGCAGAAUAGGAAGUGACAAUAGUAAUGAGGAUGCUACCUCUUUCCCAUUGAGUUACAACAACUUGGUUGAAAGGUAUCCUCAUAUAGAGAGAGAUCACUUGGUAAAGCUUCUAAGGCAACUGCUACUGAGUAUAGCCACUCCUUUACAUGGCAAGGUUGGAAGAAGUACUCUGAAUGCAGCUGAUGUCCCUACAUUACUGGGAACUGGUUCCUUCUCGCUUCUGGAUAGUGAUAGGAAUAAGGAAAAUAAGAGAGUUAAGCCCCUGCCAGCUCACCUGCGUUGGCCUUACAUGCAGGCUGAUCAAAUUCAUGGGCUUAGUUUAAGGGAAAUUGGAGGAGGUUUCACAAAGCAUCAUCGAGCUCCAUCCAUUCGCUCUGCGUGUUAUGCGAUUGCUAAACCAUCAACUAUGGUGCAGAAGAUGAACAACAAAAAGAAGCUACGGGGGCACCGUAAUGCUGUCUACUGUGCCAUUUUUGAUCGGUCUGGGAGAUAUGUUAUCACGGGUGCAGAUGAUCGGCUUGUGAAGAUAUGGUCAAUGGAAACUGCACUUUGCUUGGCUAGCUGUCGUGGACAUGAAGGAGACAUUACUGACUUGGCUGUAAGUUCAAACAAUGCUUUGGUGGCAUCUGCUUCAAAUGACUUUUCCAUUCGAGUUUGGCGUUUGCCAGAUGGAUUUCCAAUUUCAGUUCUUCAGGGGCAUACUGGGGCUGUGACUGCUAUUGCUUUUAGUCCCAGGCUUAGUGCUGUUUACCAACUUCUAUCGUCAUCAGAUGAUGGGACUUGUCGAAUCUGGGAUGCUAGGUCCUCCCAAUGCCCGCUGCGAAUAUACAUGCCAAAACCUUCAGAGACUUCAACUGGGAAGGGCAAUGCUUUUGCAAUCACUGGAUCCUCCUCGAGCAAUGGUCCACAGAGCCAUCAAAUACUUUGUUGCGCUUACAAUGCCAAUGGGACUGUUUUUGUCACUGGUAGCUCUGACACUUUUGCAAGGGUCUGGAAUGCUUUAAAAUCUAAUACAGAUAACUCAGAACAACCAAUACAUGAGAUGGAUGUACUGGCGGGCCACGAGAAUGACGUGAAUUAUGUCCAAUUCAGUGGUUGUGUCAUUCCUUCAAAGUCUUCAUUUUCGGACUCGGUCAAGGAGGAGACUAAUGGGAAGUUCAAAAAUUCCUGGUUUUGUCACAACAACAUAGUUACCUGCUCUCGUGAUGGCAGUGCCAUUAUAUGGGUUCCAAGAUCACACAAAUUCCAUGGGAAAGUUGGACGUUGGACACGUGCAUAUCAUCUAAAAGUUCCACCUCCCCCACUGCCUCCUCAGCCUCCUCGAGGAGGCCCACGUCAAAGAUUUCUUCCCACCCCUCGUGGUGUUAACAUGAUUGUGUGGAGCCUGGAUAACCGCUUUGUGCUUGCAGCUAUCAUGGAUUGCAGAAUUUGUGUUUGGAAUGCUGUUGAUGGCAGCUUAGUACAUUCUUUAACCGGUCACACUGCAUCGUCUUAUGUUUUGGAUGUUCAUCCCUUCAAUCCUCGAAUUGCUAUGAGUGCUGGGUAUGAUGGGCAAACAAUAGUUUGGGAUAUAUGGGAGGGCGUGCCUAUUAAGAUAUACGAACUUGGACAUGUAAAGUUGGUUGAUGGGAAGUUUUCGGCGGAUGGUACAUCAAUAGUACUUUCAGAUGACGUUGGCCAAAUAUAUUUAAUAAACACAGGUGAAGGCGAGUCUCAAAAAGAUGCUGAAUAUGAUCAGUUCUUCCUUGGGGAUUAUCGCCCCCUUGCACGAGAUGAGUUUGGAUAUCUUAUUGAUCAGGAGACACAACUUUCCACUUACCGAAGGAAUCUUCAAGAUCCUCUAUGUGAUUCAAGUAUGAUACCAUACCCCGAACCUUAUCAGAGUACAUACCAGCAACGAAGACUUGGUGCUCUGGGCAUGGAAUGGCGUCCGUCAUCCAUGAAAUUUUCUGUUGGUGUGGAUAUCAAUACAGGCCAAGAAUAUAUGAUGCCUCCUUUGCCAGAUUUAGAAAGAAUGAUUGAACCACUACCAGAUUUUAUUGAUGCCAUGUUAUGGGAACCAGAAAAUGAGGUUGUAAGUGAAGAUACUGAUUCAGAGUAUAAUGUUACUGAUGAAAAUUCCAGUGAAGGGGAGAAAGGAAAUAUUAGCACCAGUUCUUCUAGUGAUCCAGACUGCAGCGAAGAAGACAGUGAAGCUGGAUGCAGUCACAAGGAUGGUCUUCGUCGAUCAAGGAGAAAAAGACCAAGGGUUGAGUCUUCUGAGAGGCGUGUUAAGAAAAGGAGAGUGGGUGAGCAUGAUCGCGUUAUAUCUGGGAUUAAAAGAACUAAAAAUUCAAAAGGUGGCCAGAAAGUUUCAAAGAGGAAGUCUUCUAAAGCAAAGACAUUGAGACCCCAGCGAGUAGCAGCACGCAAUGCUCGAACUGUGUUUUCUCAGAACCCUGGUACAUCUACAGAAGGAGAAGAAGAUGAUUGGGAAGAUGAUUCAUCGAAUAGUGAGUCUCUUCAGCAAGAUUUCCACACUCAAAGCGAUGAUGGAGACUUCCAGAUAAUGCAACAAAACCGUACUAAAGAAGAACCAUCUCGACAUGAGUUUGGCAAUAUAGCGAAGCCACGUGUAGUUUGUUCGUCUCAGUCAAAUGUCAGAAGCAUGCCGAAAUUGGUUUUUAAGAUUAAGAAGCAAGAGGCUCCAAAGGAUGUAAAACUCAAAGAUAAUAAUCAGGCUGAUUUGGUGUCUCCAUCUUCUAGAUAUCAAGAUGUCACUCCAGAUAACAGGAUUACUAACAGCUCUGUGGAUCCAGAUUCCUCUUCGGUGGAUGUGGUUGACCUAAAGUUUUCAAGAAAUCUCUUAGCCAAUGAUUUGACAGAUACUGGGGAAACCGUAAAGACAGAUAAUUCUUUGGAAGCAUCCGCAAGUUACCAGGAUAGCAGAGUCAUGGAAGCAGCUACUGGGUCGCUUGCUAGUUUUAAUGUCCAUAUAGAAGAGAUGAAUAAUGUCCAUCGGUAUGUUAAUCCUGAGAGUAAUUGUGAACAAUUUUGUAAUCAUUCAAAAAUGAAGGGAAAGGAAAAUUAUGAAGGUGUCUUGCCUUGCAGGGAUGAGGAACAUACUGGAACACGUGCAUUUGAGGAUCUGGAUGGUCUCAAAAGUAGAGAGCUUUCUCAUACUGACGAGGCCCUUGUAUCUUCAUCAUUUGAUUCCUCAGCUUUGGGCGAGCACAAACAAAAGAUAAUUGUGUGUUCUCCGGAGAUAGAGGACUUUGCUAGAAGAAAGCACUCUGGUGAUUAUGCUUCUCCUAAAUUUCCUGCACAAAACUUCACAAGUUCUAGAGAUUCAAUCCCCAACGAUUCUUCAAGCAUGGAUCUGAUUCCAAAUUCAAAUUUUGGGGUACGGAAGGUGGGUGGAGGUGCUGGCAGAUCAACUUCUUUGAAGUUUGUUUGCAAGCACAGGACUAAUUCAGAAGGUUCUGGUGGUAAUGUCGAAGAUUAUGCAACAAAUAUCAACGACCAUCAUGAUUCAGGAAUGGAUCUCCCCGCAGCUGCAACCAAUGCAAUAUGUGGAACAAGAACCUUUAAGAUCAAAACAACUUCACAGAAGGUGGACUCUGUGAGCUGUAGCCCUAAGUUGAGGUGGGGCCAUCAAACAUUGGGGACAUCAAAGGAUGCAGAAGACUCCUCUGCCAAAUUGUGUGACCAGAUUCAUCAAAGACCAAGGUCUACGAGAAGUCGUCAGGGUUCAUGUAAUGACUAUGACCAAAGUUCUUCAACCCGAAGCAUGUUAGUUAACCCCGCUGGAAAGUUGCCAUGGUUGAUGUUGUCAAAACAUGAGGAUGGUUACCGUUAUAUUCCUCAGCUAGGUGAUGAAGUUGUAUACCUGAGACAGGGCCAUCAAGAGUAUCUAAAACUAGUCAAGAAUUCAGAGGAGGGUCCUUGGGGUCCUUGGGAAUCAAUUAAGGAAAACAUCGAAGUUGCGGAAAUUUGCAAGGUUGAAAGCCUCGAUUAUGCUUCGCUGCCUGGUUCGGGGGAGAGUUGCUGUAAAAUCAAACUUAGAUUUGUAGACCCUUCUUCUGCUAUCCUCAGUAAAGCAUUGAAGUUGACUUUGCCUGAAAUUGAUUUUAAUGAUUUCAUUGUUGAGAAAACGUGGUAUGAUGCUUCUAUUAGAAGAAACUGGACCACUGGGGAGGAAUGCGCAGUUUGGUGGAGGGAUUCAAUUUCAGAUGAAGGUGGGACUUGGUGGGUAGGUCGAAUUGUUCGGUGCCAGGCCAAGUCACAUGAGUUUCCCGAUAGCCCUUGGUUAAGAUAUGAGGUUCGGUAUGAGAAUGAUGAUGAAACCCAUUUGCAUUGUCCCUGGGAAUUGCGUGAACCGUCCAUAGUAGAUGAUCCAUCCUCAUGCGAACAGCCCCAUAUUGAUUAUGAAAGCAAAGAGAAGCUUCUGCGUAUUUUUUCUAAAUUACAACAGAAGGACUUGCAAACAAUCCAACAAUUGAAUCAAGCUGUUCAGAAGGCGGAUUUCUGCAACAGCUUUCCUGUGCAAUUGUACCCUGAACUAAUCCAGUCGAGGUUAGAGAACGACUAUUAUAGAAGCUUGGAAGCUGUGAAGCAUGAUAUAAUGGUUAUGAUGUCAAAUGCCCAGCAUUACUUCAAGAGAAAUGAAUUGCAAGCCCGGAUUAAGCACAUCUCGAAAAGGUUUAAGAAGAAACUGUCGAAGUUGUAGAGGUUUUGGGCAGUGAAGAUGUAACCGUCUUCCUUACUCCGGUAUACUGCUCUCACUUUUCAAAUUUGUAUUUCCCGGCUUUAGGCCCGGUUGUUUCCUUUUUAGGUAAAGCAGUCCUUCCAAAAGGGGAGUGAAAACCACAGGCCGAAGGAGAUAAUUUGUUGUAUAAACUCCUUCAAGAUGACAAGUAUGAUUAGCCUCAUAUGGGCAAGAUAGCAUGUCAGCUGUUUGGAAUUUUACUAUUACAAGUUAGAACCACAGAGAAAAUAGGAGAAUUCUGCACAUAGGAAAAUGUUCUUCUGUCAAACAAUGCCCUCAUUUGAUAUCAUUUUUAUUUUACA